AUGCUCGCACAACACACACUCUUCCAAGCCACACGAGCAGCGAGAGCAACGGCAUCGAGAAGAUGCAUACACUCCACACCUAGACUUCUCCAAGCCGCAGCUAGAGAAGAACAAGCCGCUCACACAGCAACUCAGCGAGUGAGAUAUUGGAUCAAAUCUCUACCCAUAGAAACUUAUCCAUUGUUCGUGGUCAUGGGUUUCUCGCUCAGCUUUGGCAUUUACUCGUUCGUUCGACCAGCGCUGCAAGAUCCUACAUUGAGAUUGAAGAGGAGCAUUGCUCAUGCUGUUGGAGAUCGUCAUUGA